AUGUCUGUUCCUGUAAUUUCCAACUUUGAAAUCGGAUCGAAAAAAGGAAAGAGAGAUGAUGGACUGGAUGAAUUCAAGAGAGUCAGAAUGGAAAAAGAUCUGGCUGAGCUUGAAAAAUUAAUCAGCUCGCAUUUUGUCCAGAGAGAAGAGGACGAAAAGGAGCUGAAUAACUUGAAGACAAUGAUCAACAAACGAAUUGCGACCCGAGAGGAGCAGCUCCGAAUCCGCCAGAUCAAGGAAAAAGAGCGAGAAGAAGCAAGAGCAGCGGAAGCUAGACGACAGGAGGAAGCUGCAGAAGCCGCUGCUAAAGCAGAAGAAGAUCGGAAGAAAGAGCUGAUGCUGGCAAUGUCGAUGAAUUUCGGUGGUUAUCAAGCGAGAAUGGAGAAAAUGCGCAAGGGCAAACGCGCGGCCCAAAAAGAAGAGAAAAAGAAGAUCCUCGCCGAGCGAAGAAAACCACUCAACAUCGACCAUCUCAGCGGCGAGCGCCUCCAGGAGAAGGUCGUCGAGUUCUACGAAUGGCUUCAAACCCUGGAGGCGUCAAAAUACGACCUUGAGCUGCAACAAGUUGACCUGAAGCUGACUAUCAAGGGCAUGCGAGUGCGACAAAAUGACUUGAUGAAGGCGAAAAAGGGUCAAAAGAUCAAUUUGCGAAAAUGA